AUCUUGCGUACGGCGGUGCUGUUUCCCAGAUGCCGAGGGUUUGGGUUUUAGUUCCUCUGUGCUUUGGGGCGGUGUUUGUGCGUUGCUUUCACCUUUUCAGAUGUUCGUGUCUUUCUAGACCACGAUUUUAUUGGGAGGUAGAAGUGAAUGUAGUGUAAGAUGCCUUAUGGUGAAAUUGAAGCGAAAUCCUUGGAUCAUCGUGAAGAACUAACAGGUGAACCAUGCUAUAAAAAAUUGAAGUCAGCUGAAGAGGCUUAUGUUUUUUCUCAUCAUGGUACUGCUGAUUUUCACAGAAUCCAAGAGAAAGCUGGGAAUGAUUGGGUCCCUGUGACCAUUGUUGAUGUCAAGGAACACAGUUAUCUUCAGGAGGACAAAACCAAAAUUACAAACUCGGUGAAACCCGUGCAUGAUGAGAUGCCUGGCAGUAAUAGAUCAAAUGUUAUUGAAUCCAUUGAUACAAAAAUUUUACAGGAUGCCAGUCCUGCACUGGUAUCCAAAGAUGAUGAGAUAUAUAGCACAAGUAAAGCAUUUAUAGGACCCAUUUACAAUCCCCCUGAGAAGAAGAAAUACAAUGAAAGGAGAAAUCACACAGAAGCAGUCAGUGGUAUAGAUGGCAAAGGAGGACGAGAACAGAAACAGAACUUCAACUCUAAGAAAUCAAAGCUUGACAACGAAUUAUUCCAAUUUUACAAGGAAAUUGAAGAGCUUGAAAAUGAAAAAGAUGAUCUGGAAGGCAGUUGUGAAGAACUUGAGCUCUCUGAAGAAAAACUUACUGUGUAUUAUCAGGACCAUAAUAAUGAGCUGUUAAAAUCUGAAGAAGUAAAGGAAGGAGAUAUUAGUAAUGUUUUUCAGUCGCAUUGUAGUUACCAACAGCAUGGGGAGAACGAGCCAGGCAAAUAUCCUUGUAAUGGACAAGUAAUACCUGCAUUUUGUGAUGAUCCCUUAACUUCCUUCAGGCCUGAAUGGCAAUCAGUGCAUUCUUUUAUAGUACCCCAAGGUCCUCCUCCUCCCAGUUUUAACUAUCAUUUAAAUCUGCAAAGAUUCAGUGCUUCACCAAAUCCACCAUCAAAUAUUUUCCAUGUUCCAGAUGGGUCUCAGCAUCAAAAUGGGUAUUACAAUAGUUGUCACAUUAACUGGGAUUGUUUGACUUUUGAUCAGAACAAUGACUAUAUUGACUAUAGUGAGAAUACCAGUAGAGAUCAUUCCUUUUUUAAUGGCUACAUUGUGCAAGAUGGAUAUGUGAGUAAUGGUUUCUGUGAAACCAGGGAAGGAUGCUGGGAAGAUCCUUCUAUGGACAAGCAUAAUGGAAUAGACAGGCUUAAGAACCAGCAGUUUCAAGAGGAAAAGUUAAAUAAAUUGCAGAAGUUACUUAUUCUUUUAAGAGGUUUGCCUGGUUCUGGGAAAACAACGUUGUCUCGAAUUCUGCUUGGUCAGAGUCGUGAUGGCAUUGUGUUCAGCACUGAUGACUAUUUUCACCAUCAAGAUGGGUACAGGUAUAAUGUUAAUCAACUUGGUGAUGCCCAUGACUGGAACCAGAACAGAGCAAAACAAGCUAUCAAUCAGGGGAGAUCUCCAGUUAUAAUAGACAACACUAAUACACAAGCUUGGGAAAUGAAACCAUAUGUGGAAAUGGCCAUAGGAAAAGGAUACAGAGUAGAGUUUCAUGAACCUGAAACUUGGUGGAAAUUUGAUCCUGAAGAAUUAGAAAAGAGGAAUAAACAUGGUGUAUCUCGAAAGAAGAUUGCUCAGAUGUUGGAUCGUUAUGAAUAUGAAAUGUCCAUCUCUAUUGUAAUGAAUUCAGUGGAACCGCCACACAAAAGCACACAAAGACCUCCUCCUUCACAGGGGACACAGAGAGAAAGAGAUUUGAAGAAAACUGGGCACAGGCUCAGCAAAACCAAACAGAAGAGAAGCAGAAAAAGAAAUAAAAAGCAGAACAGUCAUAGUAGAAUCAUGGAGGAAAACUCACUUGAAACCGUAAGUUACCACACGCUAGGAGAUCAGGACCCAUCUCAGAGUGAAGAGGAAGACAUUGAAGACUCCAGAAGAGAAUCAGUGUGCACUUUCACUGGUGCACUGGGAAAUAAACGAGGAGAAUUAGUGAACAGCCACAAAGAUGAAGUAUGGAAAAGCAUAAAUCCUGAAGAUAGUUUUCCAAAUGUUGUAUCUGUAGUUGAGCUGGACAAUACAUUAAAAAAUGAUCUCCCUAGAGAAAACAAUGAUUUAUUUCUAAAUGUGUCACUGAUGCCCAAUGAAAACUCUGUGACUUGCCUGACAGUGACUCAGAAUCUUUCCUGCGUAACAAGUGAUGACUGCUCUGGCACAAAGAUAGGAAAGCAUCCUGGAAAUAGGCAUCCCGCGGCAUCAGACGUCCAGAGCGGAUCUGCUGACUUCCCCAGCUCAUUUAUGCAAAAGAGAGAGAAGGUAGAUAAAAGACUCCAAAAUGAAACAAUCCUGUGCCAUCAGUAUGCGUCCAGAACCUCAGAUAAAGGUUUAAGAACGGAACAAGGAGUAAGUGCAACUAAGAGCAGUUUUGGGCCUCUUUUUCCAAACAAUCUAUCUGAUGAAGAAUUACAGCCAGGCUCUGAGAGACAAUCCUGUUUGGGGAGCUGGCCUGAGGGACCUCAUAAGUUUAUAUGUGAACAAAGACCAAAGAAAGAUAGAUGGCAAAAAUUGGCCUCUCCAGACAGCAGGGGACAAUUGAUUACAUUGAUCUCCACCUCCGAAGAAACUUCAGUACCAGGAAGCAGUCCAGAAACACUGGUAGAGGAGAAGCUUUUGAUAGAAAAUGAAGAUUUGUCACCUUCAACUGAGAAUACAGAUUCAAUCAUAGCAACAGAAACAAGUAUCUUUAGAAGCUGCUUGCCUAACCUGGAUAUCCCAAAGAGUGACUUACACUCAACAAAGAAUAAGAAAAGGAGAGAGAAAUGGCUUUUCAAUUUGGCUCCAAACUUUAACUUACUGGCACAGAGCUAUAUCGAUGUAAAAGAAAGAGGUGAAUGUGGCUUGUUAACAGAAAGCCAUGGACUAAAAAUUAUUUUGGAAGAAGAAAAAGACAGAAUUUCAGCAAUACAUAAUAAGGAGGAGACCACACAAAAACUCAUGACUUUUAAUCAUCACCCAUCAUGGUUUUACUUUGAUAUUACCGAAGAUCCUCCUCUAAAUGUUGGUAGACGAUCUUAUUCUCAUUACCUGCCAUUUAAUAGACACUCUGUAUAUUUUUACAAAAGCCCUAUUCCUUCUCUUGUGCUACAAUAUACAUCUAGCUUUCGGAUGGUAUCCUUUACAAGCAAGAAAUCAUUUUUGACUUCCAAAUCUCAAACAAGAGUAGAUAACCAACCACGUGACAUAGGGUUUGUUUCUUCAGGAGUUUUAAGUAGCCAGCCUGAUCCCUUGUACUCUUUUAGGGUCACUUCUGAUCUUCACUUUUUAAAUGAAAGUUUUGAUGAGAAGCUGGAGACAUGGGAAGAACCCAAGCCGUUACAGUUCUUGCAAACUGAAGAUAACCAAGAUUUUACAAGCCCUGGCGUUGAGUCCCUUGAGCUGCAAUUAUCACAAGGGUUUGCCUUUCAACUAGUAAAGCUUUUUGGAUCACCUGGAGUCCCAAUGGAAUCUUUGUUGCCUGAUGACUGUGUGGUUUCCCUUGACUGGAAGACACUGAAGAUGAUCUAUUUACAAUGGAAGACAUCAGUUGAGGUAUAUUUUUAUGGCUUUCAGAGAAGACCUUCUCUAACUGAUUUCCUUAAAACGCACCCACACACACCACACACACGCCCACCACACACAUACACCCCCCCCCACACACACACAAUUGGAGAAAAUCUGAUCACUGAAUGUGAUAGGAAGGCUACAUCCCUUAUAUUAAAUUAGAGAAGGAUUGUAUGUGGAUGGGUGGAUAGUACAUGCUCCUUCACUUCGUCCCUAAGAGCGAGUUGUGUUUAAUUCCUCAAUUCUGCUGUAGUGAGGCUGGUAUAAGGGCCUACUGUGGAUGACUGAGGUGCCCAGUUUGGGAGAGCCCUUUCUUCCUUACAUCUUUCCCCCUGUCCAGCCCACAGUCUUAUCCUGUUAUGACAGAGUAACAGUGACACAUUAGAUUCAUAUUUACUUGACUUGGAAGCACCACAUUAUUAGUAUUUUCUGUUGGUCCAUAGUGAGAGACAUGACUGUUCUGACAGGCUAUUCAUUUUCCAGGUGGAGGAAGACUAGUGGGGAAGGUUAGAAAGGUAAUAGAAAUUCCGGAAAAGGCCGUGCACUGUAUAAUGUAGGUGGGAAGAGAGUUGGCAUUAGUUAAUAGUGAUUUAAAUGUUCCCAGAGGCGGGGGCCUCUGCUCAGCGGGAAUCCUGCUUCCUUCUCUCUCUGCCUGCCUCUCUACCUGCUUGUGAUCUCUGUCUGUCAAAUAAAUAAAUAAAAUCUUUAAAAAAAAAAAUGUUCCCAGAGGCAAUGCUAGGGGUACAUUAUGAGGUAAGUGGUAAAAACAAGAUUUAGUGAAACAUAAAAUUAUAUAGUUCAGGCUAGUAGGUAUUUCUUAACUGUUCAUCUAAGUAAGCACAGCUGUGGGAAAGAUUUCUUUUUGUGCCCAGUUAGUAAAACCAAAUACAUUUUUCUAAACUUAUUUCUUUUCAUUCCACAUCGAGAACUUAUUGCUGCCCAAACACACACACACACACACACACACACACACACACUCUCUCUCUCUCUUUUCUUUCUCUCUCUCUCUCAUACAAUCCCAAUAUUUUAAAUGUUUAAAUGGACAUUUGUGGUUAUUGGGUUUCUUUUGCCAUUUUGAGAAUGUUCCUACCUAAGUAAAAUGAUACAGACUUAACCCCGAUGCCAAAUAUUAAUCACCAUUAUAUGUAUUUUAAUUAUA